UUCAAGAGAACCAUUUCGAACAUAUUAAGUGUGUGGAAUUCAUUGAUGCAAGAUCCAACCUUAUACAUCACACUAUGCAUAUAAGAGAGAAUCCUUAUAAAGGUAAUGAAUGUGAAAGAGAUUUUAACCAGUCCUGCAGCGAGCGAUCAUCAGAGAAUUCAUGUGGGAAAGAAACCAUAUGGAUAUGAUAAGCCUAGGAACGUGUCUAGUGAGUCAUCCAGAAUACGUAUACGUAAGACAGUCUGUAGUGGAGAGAAACCUUACCAAUGUAUAGAAUGCGGCAAGGCCUUUAAGCAGAAACGAAACCUUAAAAGCCAUGAAGGACUUCAUACUGGAGAGACACCUUACAAAUGUGAAGAAUGUGGCAAGGCCUUUUUCCUCAAAAGAAACCUCACUAGACAUCACAGAAUUCAUACUGGAGAAGAACCUUACAAAUGUAAAGAAUGUGGCAAAGCCUUUCAGCACAAAUCAUACGUUAAUGUCCAUGAGAGAAUUCAUACCGGAGAGACACCUUACAAAUGUAAAGAAUGUGGCAAAACUUUUAAACAGCUCUCACACCUUACUCAGCAUAUAAAUACUCAUACUCGAGAGAAAAUGUAUAAAUGUAAAGAAUGUGGCAAGGCCUUUUUCCAGAAAACAAACCUCACUAGACACCACAGAAUUCAUACUGGAGAGAAACCUUACAAAUGUAAAGAAUGUGGCAAAGCAUUUCAGCAGAAAUCAUACGUUAACAUCCAUGAGAGGAUUCAUACUGGAGAGACACCUUACAAUUGUACAGAAUGUGGCAAAACCUUUAAACAACUCUCAAACCUUACUCAGCAUAUAAAUACUCAUACUCGAGAGAAAAUGUAUAAAUGUAAAGAAUGUGGCAAGGCCUUUUCCUACAAAUCAAGCCUCACUACACAUCACAGAAUUCAUGCUGGUGAGAAACCUUAAAAAUGUAAAUAAUGUGGGAAGGCCUUUUUCCAGAAAUCGAAUGUUAGUAACCAUCAAGAAUUUAUAGUGGAUAGAAACCUUACCAAUGUAAAGAAUGUGGCUAGGCCUUUAACAGGCACUCAUGCCUUAGUUAACAUCACAGAAUUCAUACUGGAAAGGAAGCUUACAAAUGUACAAAAUGUGGCAAGGCCUUUAAGUAGAAUUCAUGCCUUACCGUACAUUACAGAAUUCAUAGUGGGGCUUGUCUUAACAAAUUUGAAGACUGUGAGAGAAUUUGGAAGGACUGUUGAGCCCUAACUCCACAUCAGCAUCAUAGAGUUCAUACUGAGGAAAAAUACUACAAAUGAAAGAAUGUGACAGACCUCUAUCUGGAAGUCAUAACUUGCUGAAUCUCAUCGUUAAUCAUACAGGAGCAAAACUGUGACACGUCAAGAAAGCGGCAAAGCCUUUAAGUGGAAUUCAAUCCUUAUUUGGUAUCAAAAAUGCACUCUUGGUUCAAGAUGUACAACAAUAAUGAAUGGGGAAAGACGUUGUCUUACAUUUUAGAAAUCAUGAGAGAGUUUAGAGAAGAAAAGUAAGUUGAAAGAUCAAACUAUGUAGAAACAGAGAAACAUAUUUAAAAGCACAUCAAAUGUCCAAUAUAUGUCAGAGUAUUCACAGUAGAAGGCAGUAUGUGGUUACUCACCUCAGAUAUUACCUCAGAAGGCAUAAUACAAAGUUAGUCAGAUAACGUGUAUGCUAUUCUGCUUCAAAGAUGGAAGGGAGGGGUAUUUGCAUGGGUGUAAUUGCAGUGUGCGUGUGUUUCCAUUGACCCCAUACGAGAUCUGUGACUUGGGAAUAUCACUGUGUUUCUACUCUCACAACUCUUCAGAAAAUUCACUUAUUCCCAGUGGGUGUGUGAAACUACAUAGGUGAUUGUUGCGUCAAGGAUAAGAGAUUCCCUUCUUCCUUAGGUGGGAUCCAUGCAUAUCUCUCUUGCAUGGAAGAGGAAGGACAAUAGAACAUACGGUAUAUGAAAGAAAUCUAAAUGAAUAUUCUGUUUGUGGUUCUAACAUUGAUAUAGGUCAUCAUGAAGUGGGUAUUCAGAACGUCAUUCUCCGUUUAUUAGAACUAAAACAAUUUGUGACUGUUACAAAUUAAAUGUUUCUAAUUGGUCUUUAGGGAAAAGAAAUGGCAGUCCAGUCAACUGUGAUUCAUGUUCAUAAUAGUAAUCGUGGGAAAGUAUGAAUUGAUGUGGUGGAAAUGAAGAAAUCCACAAAGAUAUCAGAGAAGAGCUAUCUCUUUCGUGAAAUGAGAUACGGUUGUACAUCCAAUUUUUAAAGAGUUGUCGGAGUUGUGAAAGUGUUUUAGUAUGCAAAAGUAAGCUGGUAAGAAGUUAAAAUAGACUCCUAGAUGAUGUCUUCUUUAAGCCUCAUGGUACUCAGAAAAUGAAAAAUGUAGUAGUAGAUACAGAAUGGGGAGGGAGAAAAUAAUCUAAGUAUACCCUUUCAGAAAAUCAUCAAAUCACAAAGAUAGCCAAUGAAUAAGAAAGAGUCAAAUAAUUCUACACAGCCAGAAAAGAAGAAUGACAGCAGUAACUUCAUACUUGUGUUGUUCCUUGCUUUACCUACAAUGGGACUAAGUUCUCCAAGACAAAGAUACAGAUUGCCUGAAUGGAAAGAAAUACAAGCCCCAAAGGUAUACAGGCAUCAGGAGACUCACUUCAUUUUCUUAAAACUAUUAUUUUUUUUUUCAUUGAGUAAGAGAACAGAGAAAACGAGAGAGCCCGAGACGGGCCAGGGUCAGAGGGAGAAGCAGACUCCCUGAUGAGCUUGGAGCCCAAUAUGGGACUCUAUCCGGGGACUCCUGGUUCAUGACCUGAGCCGAAGGCAGACACUUAAUCGACUAAGGCACCCAGGCGCCGUCACUUCAGCUAUAACAACACAGUCAGAGUGAAAGUGCAGGUGUGGAGAACGAUAUUCUAUGCAAAGGGAAUCCAAAAGAAAGGCAGGACAGUCACGCUUCCAUCAGUCAACGUAAACGUUAACCAGAGACAGUAGUAGAACAUGGCAAAGGUCAUUGUAAAAUAAGGGGCUGACUUUGUGCCGUGUUUUUAGUUGUAUGGUUUUGGCAGAAUGUCAAGAAGGAUUUUCGCCCAUUUUGGUUUUGGAAGUACAGGGUGAGGAGGAGGAUGUCACUUGGGGAACUUACCAUGUUCAGUAUAACACCAAUGUCCUUUAAUCUUGGUGGUGACAGUCCACUUACCUCAAAACGACUCGUUACUUUGAGAACCACUUCUCUGUCUUUCUAGGGUUAGGAAAAAACAGCAGUGGACAACAACUUGAGAGAGACCUAUUGCUUUCAGAUUCUGACGUGUAUGGAAAAACAGGUGCAGUGAAAAUCUUGGCUAUUGACUGUACCAAGUAGCCGGUAGUUUCUCAGACAUAACUUGUCCAGGCGCAUAAAUGUGUCCCACAGUAUUCGGUUGCCUACCAUCUUGCUGUGAAACAUUGCAUAGUGAUGCAUUGGGGGCAGGUGAAGCCACAGGGAUUAACGGAGUCCACAGAGUGUGGGGUUUGGGGGAACAGCCACAGGGGAAGAGGACAGAACUUGUGUUAGUUUUCUAGGGCUGCUAGAACAAAUUAGCACAACUGGGGUGCUGAACAAGCUCCCAAAUUCUGAUUCUCACUUCUGGAAGUUCUUAGGUGGCUGAAGUCAUGCUGUUGGCAGAGCCACACUUUAUCUCUGCAAUGG